GGGCAAAGCCGCCGCUGCGGGCUGCGCGGGAUCAAAGCCGUUUUCUUUGACUUGGACAACACGCUGAUCGACACCGCCGCUGCAGGCAGGAGGGCCAUCGCAGAGGUAAUCAAAUUCUUACAAUCUGAGUAUCACUGCACUGAAAGAGAAGCUGACGUGAUUUGUGGUAAGUUCGAAGCCAAGCUCCGCAAAGAGUGCUAUGAUCCAUCUAAAAUAUCUAUUACUAAUCUAAGGAUCCAACAUUGGGAAGGAGCUAUACAAGAGGUAAAGGGAGAGGUAGCCAAUCAGAAGCUGGCUAGAGAAUGUUAUUUUCUUUGGAAAACUACCCGCCUGCAACACUUGACUUUGGCAGAGGAGACACGCAAGAUCCUCUGCAACCUCAGAAAAGUUGCCCGUUUGCUUCUGCUAACAAAUGGAGACACUGAGACACAAAGAGAGAAGAUUGAAGCCUGUGCCUGUCAGGAAUUCUUUGAUGCAAUUGUUAUAGGGGGAGAGCAGAAAGAAGAGAAACCAGCACCAUCCAUUUUUCAUCAUGGUUGUGAACUUCUAGGGGUUCAGCCCGAGGACUGUGUGAUGGUUGGAGACUCCUUAGACACGGACAUCCAAGGAGGGUUGAAGGCAGGUUUGAAGGCAACCAUUUGGAUAAAUAAAACUGGAACAGUUCCCAAGGAAACAUCUUCUGUUCCUCACUAUACCAUUUCUUCUCUUCUUGACCUCCCCAGACUUUUAGUAGAUGAAAAUUUAGAAAUGAAUCAAGUGGCAAAUAAUAUAUGUGACAGUCUCACCAAGUGAUCUAAGAUUUUAGCCCAGUGUUUCUCAACCUUGGCAACUUUAAGAUGCAUGGACUUCAACU